AUGGGUGAUCGCGGGGGUCGUGGCGGUAGAGGUGGAGGUCGAGCUGGAGGUCGUGCAGGUGGCCGAGGAAGGCCUGUCGGUCGUGGUGCACCGUAUACGGGUGCCGAGUAUACGGAGAUGAUUAUUUUUUACGGCAAGGCAGGGCGCAAUGCUAACGAAGCCGCGCAUUUGUACGCGGCUGCGUUGGACCGCAGGAACCCGCCUGAUUUAAGGCGUCCGGAUGCAAAUGUCAUUUUGGGAGCGGUACAUCGUGGUCGAGAGAACGGCAACCUCAUUCCCCUUGCUCAUCGAGGUGCUGGACAAGGAGUAGUCGGUGCUCCACGUGUUGUACGCAAUGUGGAAAAUGAAGAAAAUGUAUUAGAGUGUUUAGAAGAGGAUCCGACUAGGAGCAUUAGAAACGUGGCAGGCAUGCUGAAUCUAACCUACUCCACGAUUGGUCCAGUACAAAUGCCCAAUUAUUUGGGCGCUGAUAAUUACGUAGACUUCCUGCAAAAUCAGCUUCCAAGAUUGUUGCGCCAUAUACCUAAUGAAGAUCGGCAAACAUAUGGUAUCAGCAUGAUGGAGCUCCCGCUCAUCGAGCUGCUGGAGUGA